GUGACAGCGGCGGAGCUCUCCCCUCCCCGGGCCGCGUUCACACACCUCGCCCCACGUGUGCACGGUGGGCCCGCCCGCUCCUCCGCUGCUGCUACUGCUGACACCCGAGCGAGCACAGAGCCCGAGCAAGAGCAGCAGCAUGGCGGGGCUGCUUCUCCCUCACCGGGGCAGCCGCUGCUGGAGCGCGACAGCCGUCAAUGUCCUGCUGGGGCUCCUCCACGUCUGGCUGCCCUGCUUUCGGCAAGGAGGGGGACAAGUGAUCGAGCCUGUCCCCAGCAUGGUGGAGCUUUGGCAAGCGGAAGAUGCAGAGCUACUGCUACCCACUCAGACUGAUUCAGAUCAGCAUACAGGGGAGCAUAUGCAAGAACAGAAUAUUGGAAGGCCUAGUGGGAGGGCCUUACAUCUCCAGCCAUCUGUUCUAGAUUUUGGAGCCCAAUCAGUGGGUCUCCCCAAAGUACAGUCAUUCUGUGCUUUCAACCCUAGUAGGGAUACAGAUAUUGAAGUGAACUCCGUGUUUACAAGUGGUAGACAUUUCCAUGUGUCUCCUGUACAUAGCAUGGUUAUUCCAGCUCGAGGAAAAUCUUCAUUUACAGUUGUUUUCCUGCCAGAUGAAGAAGGAAGCUUUGAGAGCUCUUUAUUUAUAAACACUUCUUCUCAUGGUGUCAUGUCCUAUCAGGUGUUUGGUCUGGGGACUUUUCAAGCUGCUUCUAAGAAUUCCAAGAAGUCCUUUCAGAAAACAGAUGUCUUGUUUCCUCGGAUUGAAAAUAUCCACCUCUCACAAGCACAGGCAGAAGCUAUAAAUUCCAGUGUGUGGCAGGUUCGUCUGAAGUGCAGCAUACUUUUCAAACAGCGACAGCCGUGCAGGAGCUGCUUCCUGUCCGGGCACUCUCUGCUGCUGCAGGUCUACUUUGCUGUCAGGCUGGAUGGCAGCCAACAUGACCUGGAGACCCUCAGGAAAUACAUACUGGAGAAUAUUUUUAUGAUCUUUGUAACAACUGAGCGAAUUGAAGACAUUGAUAAUUCAAUGAUUAUGUACGUAUUGAAUUCUGGCAAUGGGCUGGUCCAUAUGCAGGAUAUUCACCAUUUUCUUGGUGACAAUUUAUUUGUUCGUUUUGAUCCUGUAAUGCUCUUGAGCUCUUCCAUCAAUUUCACAAAGACGGCAACCAUUGUUUGCUCAGCCUCGCGAGAGUCAGAGUGUGACUCCUCUGACGGAAAACGACUCCGUGUCUUAGAAGCUACUCCUUCCGCUUCCCUUUGUGCUUCCUACAACAUAACAGAGGGGUAUUUAAAUUUAGACUCUUCAAAAAUCUCAUUUUACCUUCAACAACUUCAGAAUCCUUCUGGAUUGUGGUCAUUAUGGCUGGAAAAUAACCUGAACUUUCCUGUAACUCUCACUGAUGUGUUUUUGCCAGAACAAGUCAGGGGGCUUUUAAAGAUAGUUAACUUCACUUAUUUGCUGCCAGUUCCCCGAGGCUGCUGGGAUAUAUUGUCAUUAAAAAUAAAUGCCAAAGAAUCUCCCUUGAAUUUUAUGACUAACCUGAUGAUAAGCACGUCUUUAGGUGUUACAUUUGAGAUUCCUAUGCUUGUGUAUAAGGUUGAAUCCAAGUCUGGAAUCCAGCAGAUGAGUAAUGUGCAAUGUGGUAUUCACCCCAUUAUCAGGCACUUGACCAUUGAGGAGAGUUUGCGCUGGCAGCAUAGUCUCUCCUUAGGGAUGUCUACCUGGAAGAUAGACUAUGAGUUAGGAACUGAACUUUAUGAAAAGUACCAGAAGAUGCAAGAUAAAGAAUCCUGCAGGAGAAAAAGUUCAGAGAAUCCUAACAUUGCACAACAGAAGAAGGAUGUAGAGCGACCUCUAGUCUUCCUGCCACGAUUAAAUGCAGAGCCUGUUCUGGUGGUGAACUUUACUGCAACAGCUCUAAGUAACAGCUCUGUGAAAAAUAUAAUACUGAAGAAUCCUUCCCCCUUUCCUGUUUGGGUGCAACUUCUACCUCUCUAUCAUCAUCCUAAUCCACAAGCUGCUCUGAACCUUCUGAGCAAAUGGUAUGGUGUAAAUGAGCAGACAGUUGACUUUACAACUGAUGAGUUCAGACUUCAAAAAAAAUGUGACGAUGAGCUUGAGGAAGGGGAUAACUGUAGCCAUGAAGUUGUUGAGCUGCAGUUACAGCCAUGGGAAUGCCAACAUGUUGGUGUAGUUUUCACACCUGUAGACUACAGAAAAGUUAUCUCUCUUAUAGUAAUCAGAAAUAACCUGACAGUUCUGGACAUGGUCACUGUAGAGGGUGUUGGAGCAAGGGAAAUGCUGCGGGUUGGAGGCAGACUUCCAGGAAUAGGAGGGUCCCUCAGAUUCAAAGUGCCAGAGUCAACCCUGAUGGACUGCAGACAACAGCUAAAGGAAAGCAAACAAGUUCUGUCCAUCACAAAAAUCUUUAAGGUUGAGAAUAUUGGUUCUUUACCUAUAACAAUCGUGUCCAUGAAAAUAAAUGGAUACAGCUGCCAAGGUUUUGGAUUUGAAGUCCUAGACUGUUACACUUUUUCUCUGAAUCAGAACACUUCAAAGGAAAUCAGUAUUGUCUUCAUUCCAGACUUCACAUCUUCCUGGGUUAUACGUGAGCUAACACUCAUAAGUGCUUCCAAGCUGGAGUUUCGAUUUACACUUAAUGUGACUCUGCCUCACCACUUAUUACCUCUAUGUGCUGAUGGAGUUCCAGGACCUAGCUGGGAAGAGUCUUUUUGGAAACUUACUGUGCUUUUUGUCAGUCUUUCACUCUUUGGUGUAGUUUUGAUAGCCAUCCAGCAAGCCCAGUAUAUUCUUGCAGAUUUUUUAAAGUUAAGACAUAGAAACUGCUCGAACUCCUUCUCUCAGCACACUUCGAAUCCCGUAGAUACUCUCACCUCUGAAUCCUACAGGGGCAGCUGUAAAAGUUUUACAGACUCUUCCAGUCCACCAGAUAAGGGAAAAGGGAAGGGCUACUUGGCUGUUACAGCUCCGCCAGUCCGAAGUCAGAAUGCAUCCAAGAGGGCACCAGCCACAUAUAGUCACUCUCAGAAGAAGCACAAGUGUUCUGUAUACUACAGCAUAAAGCAGAAGCCAAGCAAUGUGUCCGGCAAUGUACAAGCUUGUGACACAAACCAGCAGCUUGUUGCUGACAUGCCGCCUCCCUCUCCAAAGGACUCUACUUGUAGCGAGACUCUAGCAGAAAGGUGGACAGACUUUAGUUCUGUAGACCACAUAGCUACGGAUAUCCAAAAGCACUUAACCAACCCAGAUAAUGAUCUGGGUGCUAAGGAAUCUGCACUUCAAACCACACUUCUCUCACAAAGGACUAUAAACGAAAGCACGUUGGAGGAGCCGAUAAUUUGUAUGUUUCCUAUGGAAACGGACUUCAAAACUUCCUCAGAUAAGUUGUCUGAGUCCAAGCAGCAGAACUGUUGUGGUUUAUCUGCAUCCAGUAAAUUACUUGAAGAUACCAUGUCUAGUAAUCUGCUGCAGCAGCAGGCUGUAUCACAACCUGUUUCCAGAAAGGCAGAGGGGUAUAAGCAUCAGACUUCUUCCCCAACAGCUCUCAAGGGUAACACUGACACCUCUAAAAAGACAGUGGACAAAGAAGUUUCAGCAGAGAAAUGUAAACCGUACAUCCCCAGAGAGGAAAAGUCCUGUGGUAGAGUGGACCUGGCAUUGGCAAAGUAUGACGAGCCAUUUCUGAAAAAGAGUCCAGUGGAAAAAAGAGAUGGUAUUUUCCCAAAUUUAAAUUGGCAUAAGAACAGAAACUGUGCCAGGAAAAAUAAGAAGAAGAACAGCGUCUUCCCUGCAAGGGUUACAGAGCAGAAUACCUUGAAACACAGUUAUCAAGAGGCAGAUAGACCAGAAUUAAGAACUUCAAACCGGGGGAAAAUGUGGAGUUCCUUGACAAAUGGAGAGGUUUGCAGAGGAGGGCAGAAAUCUAGUAGAAUGCAUCCACGUGGUGAUACAGAAUGCUACCAGAUUCUGAAAAAAAAAUCUGUAGACAAGUUUUCUUCAGAUUCUAGCUCUGAAUGUGGGAGCUCUCGUGGUAGUGUCCGGGCCAGCCGAGGUAGCUGGGGAAGCUGGAGCAGCACCAGCAGUUCUGAUGGGGAUAAGAAGAAUACCCUUCCUAAUCGCCUUUAUUUUCCUCCAAGAGAAGCCCCAAAACAAACUACUUUCCCUUCAGAAAAUCCAAUUUCAUUAAAUCUGUCACAUAGUAUUUGUAAUACAAGUCCCGAUAUAAACUCCUUGUCUCACUACCCUGACAUCUUAUCAUCACCUUUCCAAGAAGUGCCAGAGGCUGAUAAGAACAAAGGUCUCUACUCGCAAGAAGAUGUGUGGUCUGCACAGCCUGUGUGUCUAACUAAUGAUCUCAACUACAACCUUGAGAGUCCAGUGCCAUGUGUACCACAGGAUCCACCUUCAGUACCCAAUAGCUACAUAAAUUGGAAUUCAACAUGUGAUGGACAGUUCCCUGGUAUUUAUAACUCACUUGAGUUAAGUGACUUUAACUCGUACCCUGAAGAAAACAUGAACUUUCACAAUAGUUUUUCAUGUCCUGAUGUACAAAAUCCAGCUUUUAUUGACCAAUGUCAGUCUACUUGGAACUUGAACCCUCCAGCUCCUCCACCAGCUCCACCUCCAGCAGGUCCUGCUGUGCCAAACUCCUGGGAACCAACAAGCUACGUCAGCAAUUCUCCUUACCUCUCCAGCACCAGAAGUUUAUCUCCUAUGUCAGGACUGUUUGGCUCUAUCUGGGCCCCCCAAAAUGAUGUGUUUGAUGGGUACUGCCCUGUGAGAAGCUCUCCUCCUCAUUCUGAGCACAUUGGUACUCACUCAAUGAUGUGCAAGCAAGAAUACUCUUCAAGGUUCAACCCCUUUCAUGCAUACAUGAAUCUGGACAUUUGGACAACUGCUAACAGGAAUCAAAGUUUUCCAGUCUCCAGAGACUCUGGUUAUUGUGGAAACAUGUGAGCCGGAUACCAGUGGAAAAAAAAAAUGUGAUUAGUGUUACUUGCUGUUUUUGGUCACUAGAAUGAGCAAGGUGUUGGAAUAGAAUAUGAUGUUGGUGAAUCUUUUGGCACUUUUUAUAUGGAUAAUAAAUCCUUUUUUUUCUUUUUUACUGAC